AUGGACCUCGGAGAGUCUUUGCCGGUUCCGAGUGUUCAAGAACUGGUUGCGAAGGAACCGGAGAUGAAACAAGUCCCACAAAGGUACCUUCGCCGGUUUCAACAACAUGAAAAUGACGAGGUUGUCGCGGUUUCUGAUCAAGUCCCUGUCAUCGACUUCAAUGCUCUACAACAACAACAACCACAUUCUGAUCAUGAACUAAACAAUCUUCACCAUGCCUGCAAGAAUUGGGGAUUAUUUCAUGUGGUUAAUCAUGGAAUAAGCAAUUCUUUGGUGAAGAAAAUGAAGUCACAAGUAGGGGAACAACUUUUUAGUAUGGAAUUGUCGGAAAAGAAGGAGAAGAAGUUGUGGCAAGAGGCGGAUGAUAUCGAGGGGUUUGGUCAAAUGUUUGUUAUGUCUGAGGAACAGAAGCUCGAUUGGGCAGAUGCCUUCUUCUUGGUUACUCGACCUCAUCGUGUUAGGAAAUCUCGUCUUUUCAACAAUCUUCCUCCUUCUUUUAGAGAGACAGUGGAAGAAUAUUCUGAUGAACUUGAAAAAUUGGCCAUGAAACUGAUAAAAUUGAUUGGAAAAGCAUUGAACAUAGAUGAAGAGGAAACUAAGGAUAUGUUUGAGGGCGGGAUGCAAUCCAUGAGAAUGAACUACUUCCCGCCCUGCCCCAACCCCGAGCUUGUCGAUGGGCUCUCGCCGCACUCUGAUGCGAGUGGACUCACCAUCCUUCUCCAGGUAACCGACAUUGAUGCCUUGCAAAUCAAGAACAGAAACGACGACAAUUCGUGGAUUCCUGUCAAAGCACUUCCGGAUGCAUUCAUUGUUUUUAUUGGUGAUUGUUUGGAGAUAUUCAGCAAUGGAAUAUACAAGAGUAACUUGCACAAAGCAAGUGUUAAUUCAAAGUCAGAAAGGAUCUCUAUUGCUACAUUUCUCCAUCCAAAGGUGGACAAUGUUUUAGGCCCGGCCAAGAGUUUAACCCGACCUGAAACUGAAAUCGGGACACCACCAUGUUUCCGCACAAUUGGGGUUCAAGAUUUCUACAAGUCAUUUUUCAAACGCGAACUCCUUGGGACCUCUCAAGUUGACACUCUGAGAAUUGAUGAAGAAGCAGCUAAUGGGCAUGAGAAGAUCAAUUAACAAUGUUGUUACCACCUUGAGUUUGAAGGGAUGUUUAAUAUAAGUGUGUAUUAGCUUAUUAGGGUUUGGGGAUAUAAAUAAAUGCUUGUAUAAUCCCCUUUUCCUGUUUUUUUCUUUCUGAUUUCAAUGGGUACUCUGUAUUUCAUCCUUAUUAAUAAAAUGUUGGGU